AUGAACUUUACUCCCAAAAUUCUCUGCAAGUUGCAAGUGUUGGAGGAGAUCUUAACUAUUGAUAUAAAACCAGGUUGGAAAAAGGGCACAAAAUUAACCUUCUCCGAGAAGGGCAACGAAGAACCUGGUAUAAUUCCUGCAGAUAUUAUUUUUGUGGUAGAUGAAAAGCCUCAUCCUGUUUAUACAAGGGAUGGUAACAAUUUGGUGGUGAAGCAGGAGGUAUCGCUUCUUGAAUCUCUUGCUGGAAAAACUUUUGAACUGGUGACACUAGAUGCAAGGAAUAUCACGAUCCCCGUAUUAGAGAUCAUCAAACCUGGACAUGAGGUAGUUGUCCCUAAUGAAGGAAUGCCGAUUUCCAAAGAUCCUAGGAAGAAGGGUAAUCUGAGGAUCCAAAUUGGUGUCCGGUACCCUACACGGUUCACUGAAAUGCAGAAACAUGAACUGAGGAGAAUUUUGGGAGUUAUCUCGUAA